UACAUUCUAUAUUUUUUAUUUUUUAGUUACUGAUGACGAGAAAAUGAGAAAAGUAUAUCGCUCAUUGUUUUUGAUUGUAUUUUUCAAUAUUGGAGGAUAUUUUUUUUCUUUGUUGAUAGGCGUUUACAUUAUUAACCCUCUCGGGGCUGCCGAUCCAUUACAUGCUCAGUUAUAUGUAAUGUUUGGCGCAUUAAUUCUUAACAUUGCUGGGUCUUCUAAUGCUCCAAUUCUUUACAUAAAUAGGUCUUUUAUUUGUAAAUUAGAACAUUUUUAG